AUGUUCUCCCAGAGAACUCGUGAAGCUUGGAUGAUGAAGUUGGCUCGGAGAGAUGAAGUGCAAGGGAAAACAGAGAAUAAUUUAGAGGGUCCGGUGAUGUAUCAAAGCUGGAAAACAUGGUGCAUCUUGGUUCCGAUGACAGUGGCGAUGCACCUCUUGGAAACAUGGAAGCUUGGAGCAAAGAUAAUCGCAAGCAUGAAGAUAACUUUCACAUGUUCUUUAAAGAUUGCAUCAUUAUUUGUAAUAGCCUUUAGAAUAUAUUUUGGAUACAACUUGUAA